AUGACCCCUUCUCCAUUGAGAGAGGCCAUGGAUGGGGUCAUGGAGCAAUUGGACGUACUAGGCGGUGGCCUUGGAAGACCUGGCCAAGCUCCUUCACCUGAGCCACCUGCCGAUCCUUGGUCUCCGGAAUCCUUUGAUAUGCUGUCUCAUCGUUCAACUAGAAGGGACCAGGAGCGAAGCAGGCCUAAAACCUCGAUGGGAAUCGCGCAAGAUGAGGGGUAUGAAACAUAUAGCGGUGAAUCGUCUCAAGAGGUGUCUUAUCAGAGUGGAGGCAGAGAAGACAAGCUUAGCAGUUAUGUUGAUCGCAUGGAAAAGCGUUUUCAGCAAAUGCAUCGUCAGAACUCAAGGACUAGCGAGCCUGAUGACGACCAGCCCCCUCCUCCGCCCCCUAAGAAUGUGCCAUACGAGCGGCCAAAAUCGUCUAUGGGCCGGUCCAUUGAGCCUGAACGAAAGCUGAGAGCUCGCAAGUCGGCAUAUGAGAUCGGAAGAGGAGUUGCCCGCACAUUAACAACAAAAACAAACUCGACCAAUUCGUCAUCGGGCAAUCAGAGCAACACCAGCUCUUCAACACAGAGCACUUCAAGGACCUUGUGGAGCGGGACAUCAGCCGGCGCUUUCAGUACUACUAGUGCGGGAAGCCUCGCGCGCUCAGGCAAGCGUCAACGUGCACAAAGCGCUCUGGGAGCACGAGACUUGGAGAUUGAUAGACCAGACUCUCCUUUCACAGGAGUCACCUAUCACAGCAGCCAUGCGAGUGACUCUCCAGCGCAACAGCGUCCCCAGACCCAAGUCGGCUUCCACGAUGAUCCUUCUCUGGAAUUGGGAGGCUUAGUGCAACCGAAACCGCCCAAGAGGAACAUCUUCCGCAAGAUAUUUGAUACUGCUAAAACAGGUGUUGCGAGUAGCCGUGGCGGUCUUGUUUCUGGUGGUCUUAGCAUGGACUCGCCAAAAUCACCCUUUGCUCGUUCAAUGCCAGCUGGAGCUUCGCCUAUGCCAGGUAUGGGUAGUACGCCUAUCAACAGAGACGUUGCGACAGAAAUGGGCUUGAGUGGCGGUGUUGAUUGGGUUCAGGUCCGUCGUGAUGUGAAUCGUUCCAAUUCGCUCAGUACAAUAGAGUUGACUGAGCGCCGUGAACGAUGUCAAAUGAUGGAUCACCCUGCCCUUAAUCCUGUCGACGAGCUCUAUGAUGGCGUCGAAGGAGAUGAGGGGGCUGACGGAGAGCCAGUCCAGGAACCCACCAACUACCAAGCGAUUAACUUGUCUCAAGUCGAUAAGAACUCCCGGUUCAUCAGCGGACUUCCUCCCGCCAUAACAGCUAUCCAACUUGCCACUACAUACGUAUGCCGACCCUACAGGAGCGAGGUCCAGCGGCUGCGAGCUAUCUUUACGUGGGUCUCCGAGAAGAUCUGCUGGGAAGAGGACUUUGAGGGUGAAAUCGACACAACGCGGGUGAUCCAGGCGAAAAGAGCGUGCGCUGAGGAGUAUGCUGUCCUAGUGAUGGAGAUGUGUUCUGCUAUCGGUAUCCACUGUGAGAUCGUUCGAGGCUACCUCAAGUCUCCAGGGGAAGUUUCCGAAAUCAACAUCAUGCCCCGACCCAACCAUUGGUGGAAUGCUGUUGUCGUUGACAAUGAGUGGCGCAUGAUUGACUGCUGUCUUGCCAGCCCCUCGUAUCCUCGGCGAGGUUUAUACUCCAAUGCCAAUAACGCAGCCGAUCCGUGGUGGUUCUUGACCAGGCCACUGGAGAUUUGCUGGACACAUAUCCCAGAGCAUCACAGUCAGCAGCACAUCGUACCACCUGUCGCACACGAAACACUGCUCAAUCUGCCAUGCGCUUGUGCGCCCUUCUUCCGCAAUGGUUUCGAGAUGGUGGACUACAAUACUGCAUUGACUCGAAUCGAAGAUCUGGAAAUGGUUCAUAUCAAAUUUAGUGUUCCAUGUGACGUGGAGAUUGCCGCCGAGGUCGAAGUUCGAGGCUAUUCGAGAGAUUCAGACGGGGAUGUGUUUGAAAGCGGCGAUAUUGUCAAGAAGAGGGCACUUGCUCAAGCUGAAUGGUUCAAUGGCAUCAAGCGAUACACUGUCAAAGCACUACUGCCUGGAGAUGAAGGACAGGGUACCUUGAAGAUUUAUGCUGGCAAGCGAGGCCUUAUGCACAGCAUCAAGGAUAUUCCACAUCCCCUCGCCUUUGCAUUGCCUAUCGUCCAUACAGGUGAAAACCCACCUUAUGAGUUUGUCACAAGACAUCCCACUCCUCACGCACAGCGGCAUGAUAUCUAUGUGGUUCAGCCGCAGUGCCAAAGGCUUGCACUUAACAAUACUUUUGUCUUUGCCAUCAGACAGCACCCAAGUUCGCUGGGUGGAUCGGCACUCACACCAUCGUCUAAUCCAGGCGGCACCAGCCCCAUACCGUUCGCCCGCCCCAGUUCAGCGUUGAGCAUGAAUGCGUCUAGUGUUAGCGGCUCGACCCCAAGCUCAGCUACGGGCACUGUGGCUGGGAAGAAGCCUGCCAAGUUGGCGAUCCAGACUCCAGGAGGCAAGAUCCUCCGUCUUAUGAGGAAGGAGGAUCGUAAGGGUAUUCACGUUGGAGGCCGAAGUCUCUCAGGUAGCGAAACUGCUAGUGAUGGUGGAACCUGGGAGACAAUAAUCAAAUGUUCAGAGAAGGGUGUGUGGCGAGGCCUUGUACUCGCAGAUCGCACGGCUCGAUGGUGUGUCUUUGCUGAAUGGGUUUGCAUGGGUUGA